UCAAAGCGGCCAAAGUCCCAGACCUUCAGCCAUCAGUCCGAAGAUCUGGCUACGCGAGACUGCGAGAUCUGUUUUUGUGGUUUAAAGUUUUUAAGGUCACCUGCUGUUUUCUUUGUUUAUGCACAUUAUGUCUCACAGGAACUGAAUCUCGAACUUUUCCCUGCACUUAUCAGACAAACAGGUUUCUACUUUAAUUGUGACUGACUCCACCUGCAAACCUCUUCCUGCUUUCAUGUCGGUACAAAGAAACGUCUAAACAUGAAGAAACCUCGACUCGCAGGACGAAGAACAGACAGACGUCAGGAGUCAGAAGAGAUGAUCAGCUGAAGACGAAGAGAAACAGAGGAGAGAGCUAAACAUCAACAUGUCCAGCCCUGACAGCACAGCAGAAAGAAGUAGUCCAGAGUUGAUUCGCCCCGACUGUACGUAAAAAUGAUUUACAGUAACAGCAAAGCAUAAAAUAGUUUUAUAGAUCUGAUGCUAAACAUGAGAAAAUGACAGAUGGACAAAUUCUGCAUGUGUAUUAUGAUUGUGAAUGCUGGCAUGUACAGAAUUCAUUAUCAGUUUCAGAGAGUGUGAAGCUGAAUCUGGUUGUUGCGGGAGCGAUGGGACAUUAAAAUCCUCCGUAUCAGAGCAGAUCCUGCAGCAGACCAACAGAAGAUCAGACGUGGAGCUUCAUGAUCAUCUGAUUAAUCUGCUGGAGCUUCCAGCACUGAUUGGUCUCUCAGAGGAGGAAGUGAUGCGUCAGACUCUCCGCUGUGUGUCUCUCUGUCAUCCUGGAGUUCAUGCUUUCCUCCUCAUUAUUCCCGAUGCUCCUCUCAAUAAUGAAGACAAAGCAGAAAUGGACCACAGAGAUGUUUCUGGAGGCGCAGAUGAAGAAACUGAUGAAAUAUGAAGAGCUGAAGAAGAAAAUGUAUUCACUAGAAACGCAUUUACUGUCACAAGGUUCAUCAGAGAAUGAAGAAGAGCUGAGGAUUGUGCUGCUGGGAAAAACUGGAGUCGGGAAAAGUGCGACUGGAAACACAAUCUUAGGAAGAGAAGCGUUUACAGCAGAAGAAUCUUUUGAAUCAGUGACUAAAGAGAGUCAGAGACAGACAUCUGAAAUCAACAGCAGACGUGUUACUGUGAUCGACACUCCAGGACUGUUUGAUACUGAACUCAGUAACGAGGAGAUCCAGAGAGAAAUAACUAACUGCAUCCACAUGAUCCUGCCUGGACCACAUAGCAUAUGA